AUGGACUGGGACGAAUUCCAGCGCCGGGCUAGGAAAGUGGUUCCUGAACAGGAGCUCAAAGCACGUCGGUGCUGGAUUGCUGUACUCGAUCAUCGCAAGUCCACCAACGACAGCUUUGAGGAAGCUGAUUUCAUAUGGAUGAUCGGUCAUAGUAAAAUUUCGAUGCAAAAGAUACGGGAAACAUACGAAGAGAGACAAGGAUUCACAGCCGUUCAGCUCAGUUUCAAAGGUCGCGUAGUCGAUCAAAACGACGUUAUCAAAUCUCUCUUGCUGCCGGGUGACGACCUGGUAGUCUUCGUUGCUAUAGACCCGACAAACGCAACGAAUACAUCAGUUCUCCAAAAUGGUAAUGUUGAGCCGGAGAACAGCUUUGAACCUAUCAAAAUAUUCAAGCGGGCGAUCUCCCCAGAACUGAGUAGGAGAGAAGAGUUAGGUUCUAUUGAUCGUUACAUUCGCUCAGUCAUCGAGCUCCAGGAUCCUGACGCCUUGGAGACUGGUGUCUCCACAUCCCUCAAGAUCCUGGCGCAACUAAAUGAGAAAUUCUCUCAAUACUCAACCUCUAGCGCAGAGGCUGCUUCGUGGGUACAAGCUAUUGAGAAGGUUCUUCCUCAGUCGGAGCGAAAGCGCACUGUGGUCGGUGUGGUAGGUAACACAGGAGCUGGGAAAAGCAGUGUCAUCAACGCUAUGCUUGACGAAGAGCGUCUUGUCCCGACCAAUUGCAUGCGCGCUUGCACCGCGGUGGUAACUGAAAUGUCGUGGAACAACAGCACCGACCCAUCAUCCAGAUACCGAGCCGAGAUCGAGUUCAUCAGCCCGGCAGAAUGGGAGAAGGAACUUACGGUUCUCUUGCGCGAUUUUCUCUCCGAGAAUGGUACACUUUCGCGCGAAGCGCAAGAUCCCAAUUCCGAUGCUGGCAUAGCAUGGGCGAAGUUUCAUUCUGUCUAUCCUACGAUUCCCAAGGAUGCUUUGGGCGCGUGCGAUGUCCCUUCGCUGAUGUCCGAACGAGCUGUUGUCGAGGUGCUCGGGACGACGAAAAGGAUUCACGCAGCCGAACCGCAAAACUUCUACCAGAAACUCCAGGGUUAUGUUGACAGCAAAGAGAAGAUUUCCAAGAAAGACAGGAGCAAAGAAAAGGUAUCCAAGAAAGACAAGAGCAAGGAAAAGGCAUCCAAGUCAGCUGUUCAGAUGGAGUAUUGGCCGUUGAUCAAGGUCGUGAAGAUCUAUACGAAGAGCGGUGCCCUAUCAACAGGCGCCGUAAUUGUGGAUCUACCAGGUGUCCAUGACAGCAACGCUGCAAGAGCUGCUGUUGCUCAGGGAUAUAUGAAGCAAUGCACUGGCCUAUGGAUUGUUGCCCCUAUCAAUCGGGCCGUCGACGACAAGGCUGCCAAGACCCUUCUCGGGGACUCAUUCAAACGACAGCUUAAAUAUGAUGGCGGCAUCUCGAGCGUUACAUUCAUAUGUUCGAAAACUGACGACAUCUCUGUUACUGAGGCAAUUGACAGUCUCGGACUCGGAGAACAAGUCACAGAGUUUGAGGAACAACAGGACCAAUACAACGAGCAGAUUAAGAAGAUCCAGAGCAAGACUGCAGAUUACAUUGAGUCGCGAGAGGUCUACAAGAUUGCAAUCACAGGUGCAAGCGAGGAAAUUGAGCUCUGGGAAACACUACUAGAAGAAUUGGAGGAGGGGAACCCAGUGUUCACACCGCUGCCGAAGACCCACAAACGCAAGAGGGCUGGCUCAAGCAAGCAACCACGCAAGAAGAAACAGUUUCUCGAUGACGAUACAUAUGACGACACAGACGACGGUAUUCAAGAUACCGAUCACAAUGAGUCUGAGAGUGACGAUGAAGUGAUAUUCCAGGCCGAGAGAACACGUCUAUCCAAGGGUGACAUCAAGGAAAAGCUCAAAGAGUUAAGGGAAACGGAGAAGAACGCUAGACGUGAAGAGAGGCAGAUCAAGCGCUCUAUCGACGAGUUGAAGCCUCGAAUUCGCGAACUGAAAGCGAAAAAGGCUGAGAUCAAAGCAAGCAUUAGUCGUAUCUGUAUUGCGGGCAGAAACCAUUACUCCAAGUCUGCUAUUCAGCGAGACUUCGCCACAGGCAUCAAGGAAAUCGACCAAGAAAACGCAGCCGAGGAAGACGAGGACAAUUUUAACCCUGAAGUAGAAAUGCGCGAUUACGACGAGGUUGCUAGGUCGCUUCCAGUCUUCUGUGUCAGCAGCAGAGCGUACCAGAAGAUGUGCGGUCGCAUGCAAAAGGAUGACGGAGUGCCAGGGUUCGUCGAUCCGCAAGAUACGGAAGUUCCGCAGCUCCAAGCUCACUGUAGAAAGCUUACUGAAGGUGGGCGCAUUCAGACCAGUCGCGCGUUCUUGACGACCGUAUGCCAGAUGCUGAACACAUUCAGCCUCUGGACUUCGGAUGACGGAACAGGCCUGCAGAUGACAAAAGAAGAGACCCAAAAGCAGGUCAUUCACUUACAGCAGAGGCUCAAUGAGUUGACAAACGGAUUGGAGGCAGCAAUUCGUACUUGCGUCAGAGAGAUGCGAUCAGAGUUGCAGUCUCAAAUCUUUGACAAGCUUCCAGAGCUCAUCAAUGAGGCUAUACAUACUGCGCCAGCAACGGCGUAUGCUUGGGGUGACAAGGACCAAGGCGGUCUGAUGUGGGCAUCAUACAAGGCUGUUGUUCGACGCGACGGCGUUUUCCAGUCUGCAGCCGCCGGUCAUCGUGAUUUCAACGCUGAUCUUGUGAGUCCUAUCAAGAUAAAGUUAGCAACAGGUUGGGAACGAGCCUUCCAGGUGCGUCUCCCGAAAGCCGUUGAUACGUACAUCAAAAACUCAAGCACGCUUCUACAUGGGUUCCACGAAGCUAUCAAAGAGUACACGAAAACCAAGGGUGUCACUUUGGCCAACCUCCCAAUCUUAGAGACACAGAUCGGCAACUUUGAACAGCUCUUCAAAGAUCUUGGAGGUGCCCUUCUUAUCCAAAUGACUGAGCUCCAGCGUGAAGCAAACCGCGAUUUCACACCCUGUAUCGCAAAAGUUAUGCAUACCGCCUACAGCGCGUGCACCGAUGAGUCUGGCUCAGGACAAUACAAGCGCAUGAAAGAGCAUAUGGCAAACUAUGUUGAUCAAGAGCGAGACAAUAUGUUUCGUGAAGUGCUCGAAACUGUCGUCAAGCAUCUCGACGACUUGUGCAAAGCACUGCAAGAGUCCAUGGAGGCCAAAGCCGAUGAGAUCCUUGUUCUUAUGAACAGGGACUACACUCGGGUGCUGGGUGGUGUGGAUGGUAGCCAGCCCGUUUAUUUGCAGUCGAAGGAAGCUAGUGAGCUCAGAUCAGAGGUCAGAGAGAUCUUGGAGGGCGUCAGUGCGCAGUUUGAGCCCAUCGCCAAUGCGGAUAUUGCACGAGAUGAGGCUGCGAAGACGAACGACGCGUGCAGUGAAGGAGAAGAGCGCAGCAACGUCAAUGCGCAAGAAACCCGGAGUAUCUUCGAUUCUACUCAUGAAAUUGUUGAGGAUGCUGUCGAUGGAGCAGAUUCAACGAACAUCCAGCCAUCUGUUAAGAAGCAGAAGGACGACACGGUCACGAAACAUGCUAAUCUACGUGCCACAGUUGAGGACGACAUUGAUGAGGCGAUGUAGAUCGUCUCGCAGCUAUGGCAACGUAGCGGCGUGUUAGCUAUCAGUGACCUUACU